AUGAGUUUUGCAGGUAAAGUGCCUGGGGAUGACUGCCCACUGGUCUGGGGUCAGUGCUCUCACUGUUUCCACAUGCACUGCAUCUUGAAAUGGCUGAACUCGCAGCAGGUCCAGCAGCAGUGCCCCAUGUGCCGACAGGAGUGGAAGUUCAAAGAAUGAACCUGUGGAGU